ACAAAUGCAGAGGAAGGACUCAGCUGCGCGUGAACGUGCCCACAGCUGCUGCUUCUUCUUGUGCACUCACUCGAGCGCAGGUCUGAUCUGCCCCUUCCUCUCUCCCCGACACUGAAAUAAACAUUUACCGGACAACAAUUCUGGACAAUAAAAGCAUUCAAACAUGUGGAAAUCUGUGGUGGGACAUGAUGUUAAUGUGAAGGUGGAGUCGGAGGGGGACGACUGGGAAACGGAUCCCAAUUUUGAGAAUGAUGUAUCAGAGCAGGAGCAGAGAUGGGGUUCCAGAACCAUAGAAGGAUCAGGUCGAAAAGAACACAUCAGCAUUGCAGAUCUCAGGCAGAAUGUGUCUCGGGAACAUGAGGUGGUUAAGAAGAAAGAGCUGGAGCAGGGCCCUAAGGCCUCGUACGGCUAUGGAGGGAAAUUUGGAGUUGAGAAAGACAGAAUGGACAAGGGUGCUUUAGGGCACAGCUAUGUGGCGGAGGUAGAAAAGCACUCAUCCCAGACGGAUGCAGCAAAGGGUUUCGGGGGGAAGUUUGGUGUACAGAAGGACCGUGUGGACAAGUCUGCCAUGAACUAUGAGUAUAAGGGUGAGGUACAGCAGCAUGCGUCUCAGAAAGAUUAUGCUAAAGGUUUCGGUGGCAAGUACGGUGUGCAGAAAGAGAGGGUUGACAAGGCCGCAGUCGGUUACGAUUAUAAAGGCGAGACUGAGAAACACCAGUCACAGAAAGACUACGCGAAAGGCUUCGGGGGGAAAUACGGAGUGGAGAAAGAGAAGGUUGACAAGGCUGCUCUGGGUUACGACUAUAAAGGAGAAACAGAGAAACAUCAGUCGCAGAAAGACUAUGCAAAAGGCUUCGGGGGGAAAUACGGAGUGGAAAAAGAAAAGGUUGACAAGGCUGCUCUGGGUUAUGACUAUAAAGGAGAAACAGAGAAACAUCAGUCGCAGAAAGACUAUGCAAAGGGUUUUGGAGGACGUUAUGGAGUAGAAGCGGAUCGCAUGGAUAAAAGUGCCGCUUCAUUCAGUGAUAUGGAGUCACCAUCCUCAUCUUAUGAAAAGCCUCAGGCUUUUGAGGCCUCCAGUGUAGGAGCUGGAAACCUUAAGGCUCGCUUUGAGAACAUGGCGAAGGCCUCAGAUGAGGAGAACAGAAAGAAAGCAGAGGAGGAGAGAGUCAGAAGACUCGCUCGAGAGAAGAGAGAACGGGAAGAGGCACAACGCAAACAAGAGGAGCAGAGCAAGCGUGAAGAGAAGGAAGAGAUCCAGAGACCACCACCAGUUCCAGCAUCCCAGAAUCCCCCAGAGACGUUCAGAAAACUGCCUGAAAUUCCCAGAGAUGAACCAGAGGAAGAAGCUCAGGUAGAGGAGGACCCUGAAUACGAGGAGCCUCCGUUACUGCCGCCCCGUCCAGCUGACCUGAUCGAAGAGGAAGAGGAGGAGGAGCAAACUUAUGCCGAGUGUGAAUCUGCCCCUGUACCCCAGGAAGAAGAUUAUGAGGAUAUUGGCUCAUAUACUACUGCAGCUGGAUUUCCUAAUUCCUUUUUGGCUUCUUCUACAGCUGCUGAUAAUGACUAUGAAGAACUAAGUGGGGCAGGACGUACAGCCACGGCCAUUUAUGACUACCAAGGAGAGGCCAGUGACGAGAUCUCCUUCAUGCCAGGCGACAUCAUCACUAACGUCGAGAUGGUGGAUGAGGGUUGGUGGAAAGGAACGUGUCAUGGUCGCACAGGCCUGUUUCCUGCCAGUUUUGUGGAGCUCCAGUAGUUGCUAAUAAUCAGUGAUCACAUUUUUGUUUAUUGGUCACUUGCAGGCAAUUUUUAUUGCAUGUUUUAUGAUAGGCAAGUGCAAUACGAUAUUACUAACAUGUACAGAAUGAAAGACAUUUCAGAUUUUUUUCAUAAAGAUUUUAGAUUAAAAUGUAUAUGAUUAUAUACACCACUGUUCAAAAGUUUGGGGUCUGUAAUAUUUUAAACUGUAAAAAAUACAGUGACAUAGUUGAAAUAUUACAAUUAAAUUUGUUUUAAUUUUUAUUAUUUCAAUGUAUUUUUUAGCAGUCAUUGUUUAUCGUCUCAAGUGUCACAUGAUCCUUCUGAAAUCAUUCUAAUAUGCUGAUUUGGUGCUCAAAAAGCAUUAUCAAUGUUGAAAACAGUUGUGCUGAUUGAUAUUUGUGUGAAAACCAUUCAUAUUUUGUUCACGAUUCUUUGAUGUAUAAUAAGUUCAUAAGAGCAGCAUUUAUUUGCAAUAGAAAUAUUGUAACAUGCAUGUUUCUACUGUUGCUUCUGAUCAGUUCUAGUGCAUCUUUUCUAAAUUACAGAAUUCAUUUCAAUAUAAAAAAUACUGCCCCCAGACUUUUGAACGAAAGUGUAUAAAAAACAAUUUUUUUUUCGUCACAAUUUUCAGUUACUUUUUUUUUUAGCUGAUUCCCAGUCCUACAAUAAUAGAUUUUUGAAAGUGCUAAUAUUACAUGUAAUCUCCCAGAUAAUAGGAUGUCAGAUAUUACAGUAAUUAUGAAACGUCGUUAAUAGUUUUAAAUGAGGAAUGUCAUGUCAGUUAACAGUUUUCUAAACCUUUAUGCAUUGAAUCAGAUUUACAAAUGUGCCAAUAUAUUGAAUUGUUUGCAGAAUUCAAAUGUACUGUUAUAAAUAAUUUUGGUUGGUGCAGAGAUUAAAUCUAAAAGUAUACCAUGCUGCCUAGAGACACACAAGCCACUGGCCUGGCUUAUGCUUGUCUCUUUAUUGACUCAAUGCGGUGCAGUUUUGUUGACUGCAAAAUAAAACUGAAUCCCCCAGAAAGGUA